AUGAAGAACGCAUUUGAAAAACAACAAAAACAAUUUGAUGUCAAACAGCAAAUGUUAGAAAAGGAAAUUCAAAAUUUACAUAAACAACUAAGUCAAUUCUCAUUAAAAAAAACAGAAAGAGAACUAGCCGAUCGAAAAGAAAAAAGUGAACUUGAAAAUCACAUUAUAUUAGUAAAAAACAAAAUGGAUGAAAACGAUGAAAAACAUGAUGCUGUUACACAAAAUUUAGAGACAGAACUUCGAGCAUUAGAGCACAAUCAGUUAAUUGCAAUGGAAGAACAAAAUUGUUCAUUCAAAGAAAAACAGCACAUGAUCGAUAGAAAAAUAAUCGAAAAUGAAGAAAAAUAUCAUAAUGACCUUGGAAUAUUAAAAAUAGAAAUUAAACAUCUUAAUUAUAAACAAGCAAUCAAUUUUAAUAAUUUAUCGGAUCCAAAGAUACCAGAUGGUUAUAAUGGAUUUAAUUGGCAGGGAAUCAUGUGUAUGGAAAAAUCGUAUGCCACAAAAUAUCAUUAUUCGAAUGCUGGAUACAUAAAAGGAUUUAUUUAUGGAAACUAUAUGUCUUAUGCACGUGAUUUGUCUAUCACUCUUGUUGAUCAAAGUUCAAAAUCAUCAUUUUAUGUUUAUUCAUUCGAAGCAUCUUCAAUAGAAAAUUAUUCUUUACAAUUAACAAUUCAAGGUUUUCGUUCAGAUAUUCCAGUGUAUACACAAACUGUAACAUUAAAAUAUGCACAAUCGCAAAUAUUUGAAUUAAAUUGGUCAGAUAUCGAUCAACUUCAGUUUCAUCCAUAUGAUGGUACUCCGAUAA